AUGUCAACCCUAGAAGAAGUUUUGGCUACGCGACACUCUUUGUCAGAGUAUCAUGUCUACCAUGAAUCUGAAUAUAACGUCCACAUCACACCAUUUUUGGAUAAGACAAAGGAGUUUGGACAUGACAGCAACAGGCAAAGCGACAGCGAAGAAGCAGGAGACCACGAAGACUCUCACAGAAGAAGCGACGAAUCCAAUAGCUAUUUCUUGCAUCAACCGAAACUCCUUUUCCACAAUCCUCCACGCGUUCUUCGCCGAGGUAGCCACAGGGACGGCGAACCAAUUUGUUUGCUAUACAGCGCACCGUUUUGGAGUCACUGGAAUGUGCAGUUUCAAGACAACCUUCCCGACAUACUCGAUCCUCGAGGAAUGGUUCCAUUUGAAAAUAGAAGCAGUCUGGAUAAUACUACCAAGGGCGAUGAUUGCGCCUUGACAGGAUACAAAGUGCGUACCUGGCGCGUCUGGGGCGAAAGCGGGAAAGCUUACCACAAUCGUGUGAAUGCUCGUCGCAAGAUGAAAAGGGAUGAAGGACUUGAUGAAGUUGCUAUUCACGAACCAAAAUUCGCGGACGAAGCAAUGCAACUGAAACUGUCGUCUCCUUUCCUCAAGCCCCGACGGUACGAAUUUCAAUAUGCAGGAAUACAUUUCUCUUGGGAGGGAACUCGGGAUUUGCCGGUGGAGGAUAAAUUGGCGAAGCUUCUUCUACCACUGAGUCAUUUGAAGCUUGUGGCACAAGUUCCUGGGAGGAAGAGCUACAUUAUUUGUCUAUUCUCCUCUACAAUAAAUCGCGACAAGUAUGGGCGACUCUGGAUUUUUGAUAAUAUGAUCUCCAAAGUACUUGAAGAGUCAGGCAGCUCCAGUUUCAGGGAUCGGAAUCAAAUUUCGGAAGAAGCAGCGUCACAGUCCGAACCUGACAUAAGGAGAACAAGGUUGUAUGAGCUUGUUAUGGCCACGUCGAUGUGUAUGAUUAUGGGGGAAUGGGAGAAGCGGAUGACCGUCUAUUUAAUGAUACUUCUGCUCAUUAUUGCGGGUAGAAGUGCGGUUAUUUGA